CAUAAUCUGCACUCAGACUUCUGCAGCCAUGGUUCUCAGUGGAACUCUGAGUGUAUUCCUGCUCUGUCUUCUCUCUCUCUCUCUGAGAGGAACUGAAGCUAAAGUUCUGGACCAGAACAAUCUGGCUACCAUCAUCUCUUACAUUCAGGACACUUAUGGAGAUGAAGAAAAACAGUUUGCUGUGGCCAUCAACGUUCCAGCCAGAAAGUGUACUUUUGGCAUAAAAGCUGACCAGAUUGACUUACUCCCGUAUGCUGAUGCACAGACAGUGAAAGCUGCUAUGAAUGGCGCUGCUAAAGUCUACAGAGGUUGCCAACUGAUAGGUGCCAAACCAAAACCAAUCCCUGGAAAAAGAAGCAACUACCACUCUGAGUACCUUCUGCUGAUUGAUUCAGACCCACCAGGACCAUCUUCUAACGGUCCUGCCAUUAGGGAUCUCCUGGAGAAUAACCCAACUGGCUGUUUGAUUUUCUACACCUUCAACUCUCCCUGUGUGAACACCUGCUCAACACCCACUAAGCCUUACAGCAUCAUCCCUGCACUUGAGAUGUUUAAGAACCAUGCUGGUCCUAAAGCUUUCGUUUUUCACAAGGUUUGGCAACGUGAUGUGAACAAGACUCAGUGGGAAGCGAACAUGAAGGAAGUGAAUGCCAGAGUGCCGCUGUACCGCUGUGAUAAUGGUAGCUGUACUCUCUGUGUGAGAAAUAAUAUAGUCGAUGAUAAUUGCAAGAGGAAUCUGCAACAAAACUAAACUUUGGUCGGUGUAAUGCUGCGUCAAAGGCAACUCUUUCAUUAAAAAUGCUCCAAAAUUUGCACGAAACGCGAGACUGUAGAAUCUUCACUUUUGUGAAAACAUCUCUGCAUCGUGUAUUUGAUUAUUACGCUUUGGCAUUUACGAAUAAACACUCCUGCAUUUAA